AAGGCUGGAGACAUGUAGUAAUGGCUGUUAUACCUCAGGUAGGUGUCACUAGAUGCCGGGUGUUAUAGAUUACAUUCAGCUAGGAGAUCAUGAGCCGGGAGGACACUCCAUCCUGUCUUUAGCGGCAGUAAAAGCAUUUCAUUGGGAAAAUCCCAGUAAGAAGCCUGAAGGAAACAUCAUGUUAUCUCUAGAUUAUAAAGAAGAUCAGGAUAUCAUGCAGCGCUCUUCAGGAGAAAACCUCAUUAAUAUGAUUGUAUAUCCAUCACUUCUCACUACAGAUCUGUCGUAUAAUCCCUCUAAUCAUGGGGAAACUUCUUCUUACCAAUCACAGGUUGUUACCACAAGUCCAGAUCUGUCAUGUAAUACAACUAAUCAUGAGGACCCUUCUCCUGACCAAUCACAGAUUGUUACCCCAAAUAUAGGGCAAAAAGGCAGUAAAAAGUUUAAUUGUGGGGAAUGUGGAAAACAGUUCACAUAUAGGUCAGAGCUUUCUGUACACAGAAGUAGUCACACAGGAGAGAAGCCGUAUACGUGUUCAGAAUGUGGGAAAUGCUUUACAGACAAAUCAAGUCUUGUUCUACAUGAGAAAAUUCACACAAAGCAGUACUCCUGUUCAGAAUGUGGGAAAUGUUUUGCAGAUAAAUCACAUCUUGUUACACAUAAGAGAAUUCACACAGGAGAGAAGCCAUAUUCAUGUUCAGAAUGUGGGAAAUGCUUUACCCAGAGAUCAAGCCUUGACCAACAUAAAAAAAUUCACACCGGAGACAAGCCAUAUUCAUGUUCUGAAUGUGGAAAAUGUUUUACUCAUAAACAAAAUCUUGUUACUCAUGAGAAUCUUCAUACUAAGGAGAAGCCAUAUUCGUGUUCAAAAUGUGGGAAAUGCUUUACAACUAAAUCUGAGCUUUUAAGACAUGAGAGAAUUCACACAGGAGAGAAGCCAUAUUCAUGUGCAGAAUGUGGAAAAUGUUUCACAGAAAAAAAGAAGCUUACUACACAUCAGCGAAUUCACACAGGAGAGAAACCAUUUUCAUGUUCAGAAUGUGGGAAAUGUUUUAGAUAUAAAUCAAACUGUGAUCAACAUAAGAGAAUUCACACAGGAGACAAGCCAUAUUCAUGUUCAGAAUGUGGAAAAUGUUUCACAGAGAAAAAAAGUCUUACUAUACAUGAGAGAAUUCAUACAGGAGAGAAACCGUUUUCAUGUUCAGAAUGCGGGAAAUGUUUUACUCAGAAAUCAAAUCGUGAUAAACACGUGAGAAUUCACACAGGAGCAAAGUCGGAUUCAUUUUCAGAAUCUGGGAAAUGUUUUAGAUAUAGAUCAGAGAUUUUAGAACAUGAGAGAAGUCACACAGGAGUGAAGCCAUAUUCAUGUUCAGAAUGUAGGAAAUGUUUUACCACAAAAUCAAAUCUUGAUCAACAUAAAAGGAUUCACACAGGAGUGAAGCCAUAUUCGUGUUUAGAAUGUGGAAAAUGUUUUACCAAGAAAUCAAUUCUUGAUCAACAUAAUAGAAUUCAUACAGGAGAGAAGCCAUAUUCAUGUUCAGAAUGUGGGAAAAGUUUCACCCUGAAAUCAAGCCUUGAUCAACAUGAGAGAAUUCACACAGGAGUGAAGCCAUAUUCAUGUUCAGAAUGUGGGAAAUGUUUCACAGAAAAAAGAAGCCUUAUUACACAUCAGAGAAUUCACACAGGAGAGAAACCAUUUUCAUGUUCAGAAUGUGGGAAAUGUUUUACAUUGAAACCAAGCCUUGAUCAACAUAAGAGAAUUCACACAGGAGAGAAACCAUAUUCAUGUCCAGAAUGUGGGAAAUGCUUCACAGAAAAAAAAGGUCUUACUACACAUCAGAGAAUUCACACAGGAGAAAAACCAUUUUCAUGUUCAGAAUGUGGGAAAUGUUUCACCCACAAAUCAAGCCGUGAUCAACAUAAGCGAAUUCACACAGGAGAGAAGCCAUAUUCAUGUUCAGAAUGUCCGAAAUGUUUUAAACAUAAAUCAGAGAUUUUGGAACAUGAGAGACGUCACACAGGAGUCAAGCCGUAUUCAUGUUCAGAAUGUACUAAAUGUUUUACUAAGAAAUCAAAUCUUGAUCAACAUAAAAGAAUUCACACAGGAGUGAAGCCGUAUUCAUGUUUAAAAUGUGGUAAAUGUUUUACCAAGAAGUCCAGUCUUGAUCAACAUGAGAGAAUUCAUACAGGAGAGAAACCAUAUUCAUGUUCAGAAUGUGGGAAAUGUUUCACAGAGAAAAAAAAACUUACUAUACAUCAGCGAAUUCACACUGGAGAGAAACCAUUUUCAUGUUCAGAAUGUGAGAAAUGUUUUACCAAGAAAUCAACUCUUGAUCAACAUAAGAGAAGUCACACAGGAGAGAAGCCGUAUUCGUGUUCAGAAUGUGGGAAAUGUUUUACAAACAAAUCCAGUCUUGUUCUACAUGACAGAAUUCACACAGGAGAGAAGCCGUAUUCAUGUUUAGAAUGUGGAAAAUGCUUUACCAGAAAAUCAUGUCUUGAUCAACAUAAGAGAAUUCACACAGGAGAGAAGCCAUAUUUAUGUUCAGAAUGUGGGAAGUGUUUUACAAACAAAUCAGGUCUUGUUCUACAUCAGAAAAGUCACAAGGGAGAGAAGACAUUUUGAUGUUUGGAUAACAAUAAUGUUUUACAAGGAAAUUAAGUUUUGAAACAUAUCAGAGAAGUCACACAAGAAACCACGUUCAUGUAUGGAAUGUGGGACGUGUUACAAUAGAAAAAUAGGACUUUAUUCACAAGAGCCUUAUUUACUGUCAGAGCAGUGAUGAUGAAUUUUCCCCAUUAACCUGGCUUCUUCUUACUGUAUUCAUACCUCCACCCACACUGCAGGAGACUCCAGAGGGACAGAGUGUAAGGGGAAGGGCCCCCUACAUAGACCUUUAUGUACCAUGUGGACAUAUUUAUAUCUGAUCUUCAGUCAUACAGUGUAUUAAGAUAAAUCUGAUGGAAUAGAAUAAAACAGCAAUAAUAAAUUGAAUUUGCAGUAAUGCACUGAUCAUGGCGGAUUACUGAUCAGCAUCGUUACUGUGCAGCAUUGGGGUCCUGUGUUUAAAUCUGAACAAGGACAACAUCUGCAUGGAGUUUGUAUGUCCUCCCUGUUUUUUCUUGGGUUUCCUGUGGCUUCGUGGCUUUCUUCUCACUCCAAAAACAUACUGAGAUGUUAAAGGGGUUGUCUGAGUUAUUUUUUUGUUCUUUGUAUGUUUCUAACUAGGCACAUGUAAGGGGUUUAUAAUUCACUUACUUUAUCUGCAGUUGAUGCUUUCUCAGAUUUCACUGAGGGUCACAUGACCUGUGAUGUCAGCCUCUCUCCCUGCUCUGAUAAUGUUUUGUGCACAAGCCUGAGAGAGCAGGACUGUGUCUGUACAUGUCACAAUAAAACAAAAUAAGUCACAAGGUUUCAAUGGUACUUGCGCUGCUGGUCUCCCAAGGUGAAGUGGGUUCUUCACAAUCACAAAAUGUCAGGAUAGUGGGACCGCGCUGCUCCUCAUUCACACAGAGCGUUAUCCUCAAAUACAGGUAUUCCCUUUAUCUGGCUCAAGACGUAGGCACCUUUAUGUUCAAUCGCAGUAUGCUUCCUGGCAAGAUGAAAGCUUAGCAUAUCGCCUUUAUCUGGCUCAAAACGCCAACACCUCUAUGCUGGAUUGCCGUAAGCUCCUCUGCAAGAUGUCAUAAAUCACACAAUAGUGAAAGUACCUCAGGCACAGUUAAAACUCACUGGUUUUAUUAUACUCACAGACACAAUAUGAAUUUUUUAGCAUAUCAUUAAAACAGUAGUCUUUCUCACAGCCCAUUUCUCAGUUGUCAGGUCUACGUUGAGCUUUAAUCUUUCAAAUAGAUGUGUUUUUUUUUUUCAUGAUGUGUCAAAUAUUUUUUUAUUGAUGAAAGGUUUGGACUGUGGGCCACCAGUUCAGCACCCGGACUCUUCUUCUGUGAAGCCAUGCUGUUGUGAUGUAUGCAGUAUGUUGUAUUGUCUUGCUGAAAUAUGCAAGGACUUCCCUGAAAGAGGCGCGGGAUAGGAACAGAUGUAACGGAAUUAACAUAAAAGGCCGAAUAAUUUCCUCCUUUGUUUCUCAUUUGUUUUGUGACUCUUGUAGUGAGCAAAUCUUCUGAUAGCAGAUUGGUGCUCAUUCACACGUACCCUGGCGAGGCGAGAUGUUUGCCCAAAUGUAAAGCUUUCCACAUGGCAUUUUAACAUAUAAGGACAGUCUAUUUAUAGUAACCUUUCAUCCAAAUUAGUUGAGUGAUAUAUCGUGUCGCCCUGGAUAAUAUUUGUGUAAUGGCCUCAAAAGUAUAGGUUUCAUUAGACUCUUUCCUGAGACACUGUAGGGGAAUUUAUAAUGAAGGGAAUAUCUGAGGGCUGUUACUUGAGUCUGCAUUGGCAUAGUCUGUGCCAAAUUUAUCAGAUGAUGCCUGUUUCCUAAAUUUCGUGCAUAUUUAAACCUGACACUUGUGUGUAGAAAUGCUGCUCCAAGUUUCUAACGCCACCUCCUCCUGGCGUGAGACUAAUUUCAUAUGGGCCAUGUUUCCAGUGCUGUCCAUUUUUUCCUGAGGUCGCUAGGAGGUGUUGGGUGUUAUUCUUCAGUUUCCCUUUAAUCUCUUAAAAAAACACAUAAAAAAUUGCGCUAAAUACAAUAACUAAACAGAUUUGCAGAAAACACUGGAGGUUCCGGGCGCUGUGUUCGGUGGUGAUCAGCGGCCGGUGCUUCCCAUUUCGCCACUGCAGUCCUGGGCUCUGUCUGUGUGGCUGUUGUUCUGGGAUCCGCUCCACAGUUUGCACUUCCUUAAGGGCC